AUGCAGCCCUUCAUUCACUGGUCGUUGUUGGCGAUAUCGGUCUCAACUACUCUUGCUACUCCCCUCUCCACUUCCUCUCAUUAUGAAGACAACCGUCAGCGCGCGCAUAUCACUCUGGCGCCGCUAGUGGAGAACGAGCACCCUCACGGGAGCAUCAACAACUCCUACAUUAUCAUGUUCAAGCAAGGAGUAUCUCCGACGCUGAUGGACAACCAUCUCAACUUCCUGCAGACUGCGCAGCAGUCGGAGGACUCGAUGUCGGGGGUCAAGCAUGCGUACACUGUUGGUAACAGUGUGCAUGGCUACGCUGGCGAAUUCACCGCAGAGACUGUUGAACAGCUGCGAGGGAUGCCUGAGGUCGAUCUCAUUGAGCGGGAUCAAAUUGUUCACACGACCACUCCAGCCAUAGAGAAGGGCGCGCCAUGGGGACUUGCCCGUAUUAGCCACCGCUCGAAGCUUGGCUUUUCUACUUUCACCAAGUACUUGUACGAUGAUGAAGGCGGAGACGGUGUUGAUGUGUAUGUCAUUGACACUGGCAUUAACAUCAACCACGUCGAGUUCGAGGGUCGUGCAUUCUGGGGCAAGACCAUCCCGCAGAACGACGUGGAUGAGGAUGGCAAUGGUCACGGAACCCACUGCGCUGGGACAAUUGCCUCCAGGAAGUACGGCGUCGCCAAGAAGGCCAAUGUUUACGCUGUUAAAGUUUUGGGCUCGAAUGGUUCGGGAAGCAUGUCCGACGUCGUCGCUGGCGUUACAUGGGCGGCUGAAAGCGCUCUGGCAAAGAAGGACCAGGCGGCCAGGGAACUUGCUGCCACCGGCAAGACUUCACACAAAGGAUCCGUUGCCAGCAUGAGUUUGGGUGGUGGCAAAUCACCCGCUUUGGACCGUGCGGUCAACGCAGCUGUCGACUCUGGUAUUCACUUCUCCGUUGCUGCUGGCAAUGACAACCGUGACGCCUGCAACUACUCGCCCGCCGCUGCAGAGAAGGCCGUCACUGUUGGUGCUUCAACGCUCGGUGAUGACCGUGCUUACUUCUCCAACCACGGACCUUGCGUUGACGUCUUCGCUCCCGGUCUCAACAUUCUUUCCACCUGGAACUCGGGUCCCACUGCUGUCGCCACUCUUUCUGGCACCUCCAUGGCUUGCCCUCAUGUUGCAGGUCUCCUUGCCUAUUUCUUGUCGAUCUACCCUCACGAGACCUUUGCCCCCUUCCUCGACGAGCCCCUCGUCGCGCCUCCUACCCUCCAACACGCAUUCUCUACUCCAUCGUCGUUGUACACGAUGGUUCACUCGUCUCUCCCCGUUUUCAUCCGCAACUAUCUCCCCAGCCCUAAGCUGGUUAGCGCUCUCGUUGGCGACGAUGCUGCACUCUCCAAGAAGCCAAUAACUCCCGCGCAACUGAAGAAGGCUCUCAUUGGUCUGUCAAGCAAAGGUCUCUUGAAGGAUUUGCCAGCAGAAACCGUCAACCUCCUUAUCUUCAACAACGCAACCUCCGUAUGA